AGUUUCGCAAUAUUGUUGUUAAACCGAACUUGGUGUCCAGACAGAGCGCGUCGUUUGUUGUUCGUCGUAGUGCUUAAACACUUAGUAAUCGUGUAUAAACAAACUAACGAGCGCGUGAGCGAACAGGCAAAAACAAGUUUUUACUUUUCGAAAAUCGUUAAACGUGACGAUGGCUUUUGCAUCGAAGUGCGCAUUUGUUGUCGUCACCAGCUUAUUGGCAUUGCUCUUGACGACGCCUGAUGUUGUGGACGCCCGUCGUGCCCAAGGCAAUAGUCAGCGCAAGACGCCAUCUAGCGGCCGUGUGACUCAGCCACCGCCACCACAGUAUAGCAACAAUGCUGAUCUGACCAAGCUGAGCUACUCCAACAACUACAACGCUCAACCCAAUCGACCGACCGCCACGCAAACUCACUCCGCCAACUCGCCCGUCUCUGGCAACAACAACAAUAAUAAUCAGAACGGUUCGCCCAUCGGCUGGAAUGUGCCACAGCAACAAGGUCAGUCACAUCAGCCUGUGCCAGCGCCCGCCUAUCAAGCACCCAACUACGGCGCCGCACCACAACAACCCUCCUACCAUGCCCCCAUCCAGCCCAGUCAGAAUCAUGGACAGCAAUAUGCGGGCGUACCACAAGGUGCUACCUAUUAUCAGCCCAAUCAGUUGCCCCCCGGCGCCACUUUUUAUCCAUCUGCUGGACAUAUGCCCAACACUGGCUACCAUCCGGUUGCAGCUGCAGCCCCUCCACCAGGUGCCACCUACUAUCAGGCAGGCGCGGCGUUGCCACCAGGCGCCACCUUGUAUGCACAACCACCUCAGCAAUCGGGUUCGUCUGGUCCAGGCUUUCUAACUGGCGCAUUGGCUGGCGCUGCCACUGGCGCAGUGGUCACUCAUUUGUUGAGCUCCUCUGGCGGCAGUUCGUCCCAUCCCGUGGCCGCAGCGCCACCUGCACCCGCAGCUGGCCAGGAUCGCAUCAUCAUCAUUAACAAUGGUGUGCCCGUCAAUGCCAGCGAUGGCACCACGGUCAUCAAUGCAGGCGCAGCACCAGCAGCAGGUGUUCCUGUUCUUCCAGUGAAUGGCACUCAAAUGGAGGCAAUGCAGCCCGCUCAGCUCGCACCAUUUGCGCCAGAGAAUGCCACCAUGCCCAUGUCGAAUACUACGGAUCCAGCAGCAGCGGGAGCGGUAGCACCUGCAUCACCGGCACCUGGUAGCAUCAUCUGUGUGCCAACCAAGGUUAACGAGACGGAUCCCACUGACAGCAGCAAAAUGGUGGAGGUCGAGAAGAUUGCCUGCUAUCCGGCACCGCCACCGCCCGCUGUUGCUCCCGGCUCGGAGCCAGCACCCCUUGCGCCCCUUGGCUCGCCACCAGCAGCGAUGUCGCCACCGCUGGCACCAUUGGCACCGAUCACCACCAGCCAGCCAGCGUUGUUGCCACCCGAUCAGGCAGCUGUGCGCUCCAGCAACAGCGGAGCCAGCAGCAUUUGCAGCAGCACGUUGCACGCCAUGUGGCCGAUGUUUGCUGCUCUGGCUGCUUUUGUGCUGCGCUUUGCCGCAGCGGGUGGCAAUUAAGUGUCGUCAUUCUGGUUUCGUUUUUUGCUUUGCACUCUUUAUUAGCCUCACCCACUGCACCAUUUUCCAUUCCCCCUGGCCACGAACCCACACACAAAUCCACGUCCUCUAGCGCGACCCUAGCAGCAAUUUUCAAAUGCAAUUACCAUGAUGAUGUGGAUGAUGGUUGCAUUGUUAACUAUUGUAGUAAUUGUCCGUAGAGUAUUCUUAAUUCGUAUGUUGUAGGUUGAAAACCAAACGCCUGAUGAUAUAUUAAUACCAAUGGCCUUCACUUGUGAUGAUUAUAAUGAUAAAGACGAAGACGACGAUGAUGAUGAUGAUGAUACGGCAGCUAAGCUCGAAUGCAACAACAUUCUCUGUAACGUUAACUAUGAAUCUCUAAAAAAUACUUAAAAAUUGGAGAAACUCAAGACAAAAUGUGGACCACUUAACACAAAAGAAAAAAAAAAGGAAAUGAAAUGAAAAGACAUAUCUCAGUAUAGUAUACUAUAUAUACAUAUAUAUAUCGCAAUUUGUUGCUUAUAAUCAAUCUAUUGGUAGUAUUACAAUACGCUUAAACACUCGUUUAAGCCACAGCUCACAGUUGUUUGCUCAAUUUUGUAUUAUAUAUUUUAUUGUUUUGUUUUUUUAUUCGUAUUUGUUCUUCUGGUCAUAAUUAUUGAUUCAAUAAAAGCUUAAUAAACAUCACACCCGCACUCCAAGCUGCCAAGCUGGUCUUUUUCUUGGCAAAACUCUUCUUUUCCCAUAGACUAUAGACUAUAGACUGCACAGCAACAACUUGAACAAUAGAAAACACUUGACACCAGCAGCAGCUUUCACUUUUAUUGAACAACUGUCUGUCUGAACUGUUCAUGCAAUAUCAUCUCUCACCCAAUCGUGGAACAGUUGAAGAUGACUCCAAAUAUCUCUUUCAGCCAAACGCAUAAAUUAUUCGCAUUGCAGACUAAGACGAGCACCUUCGACUUUAUUUUUAUGGGUAUACAGUGUAUAAUAUACACAGAAAAACAUGGAUUGACCUCAACUAUUUAUUUAUGGUAGUUCAUGGAAUCGAAGAAGGAAGAGAGAUAGGAACAUAGGAAGUAUAGAGAGAGAGAGGUAGGAAGAUAUCAAUAUAUUUACGCACAUAUUAUCUAUUAUGGAGCAACGGAUGGGAAGAACUCUUCUCAGACUUAAAUUCCAUGCAUUUGAAAGCAACAAUUAUAAGAACAAAUGCGCAGUAAGAAUUAUUAAAUACUAAUUAUGCAUGCGCGUACUAAACAAAAUGACAUUCUCCCUUAUAUAUAUUAUAAAGAACUGGUCUGUCUUGUUUUGACUUGCAGCAAGGAGAAAAACAUUUAUUCAACCAGCUAAUUACAUCAAAAUAACCAUAUAGACAGACAUCUACAGACGUAUUAAAUAUUUUGAUGUGUUUUCAAUAAUUCGAUAGUUGAAUAUCCACAACAAAGUUACAGCUUUUUUCAACCGCAAAAUAUUUGCAGCAAUAAAAAAUAUUGUUCAGUAAAACGUAAUUUUAACGUUAACUUUAACAGUUGCAAAACAUUAGUGCAGACUAACGCAAUAAAAAUACUUUUCAUCACAAUUUUUUGUAGUAAUCUGUAUUUCACUUUACAGACAUUAAGAAAAAAUCUCUUAACAAUCGGCAGCCAUGAUUCAAGGAAUUGAUUUACUGAAAAGAGGAAAUUGUCGAAAAAAGAUAAAAACCCAUCGGCAUACGAGAUAUUGGUAUUGGAUUGCUUGAAUUGACCUUUAACAAUGUGAUGUUUAACCAAAAUAUAUUAUACAGUUUAAUCGAAAACUUUGAGAGAACAUUGUGUAUAUUUAAGUAACAAGUGUUCUCCAACAUGCUUCACAUAAACAGAUUAGAACAUAUUCCAAAGAAAAUCCUGUCUAAAAAGGGAAACAACAAAUGAAUAAACAAAGUUGAGAUUAUAUUUUUACGCGUUUUAAUCUGGUAACCAUGUUAUUCUGCUACAUGACACAUGUAUUAGUCAUUGGAAAACAGUUGUAAAAAAUGUUUUGUGUUGUAAUCUUUACUCGGCUUCAUCAUCCUCAUCGUCGUUGGAGCUAAUUCUGAAGUAGCGCAGCUCGUAUGAGUCCUUCUCAUUGG